AUGACCACCACAGUGACAGCUUGGCCCCCGCGGCCUCUCCCGCGCAUCUCCAAGAUCGCAGGCAGGUACCUCGUCUUCGACCACGAGGACGCCUCCGUCCUCCGCCGCGAGGCCAACACAAACGGCUCCCUGGUAGGCACGCUGCCGCAGCAGCCCACGCAGAACAUGUUCCUCGGGCUCCCCAUCGAGCUCCGUCCCGAGGAGGCCGAGGCGCUCGUCCACAAGAACCUUGCCCGUGUCGUAGAUGAUGUCGCCGCGCACCAGGCGGCCCUGCUGCGCUCGCCUGAAAGCCGCGCCGCGUAUAUCCAGUCCCUCCGCAGAGACAAGGCCGCCGCCCACAAGGUCCUCGCCGAGCGCGCAGCGCAAAAGGCCGCCGUAGCAGCUGGUAAGGCGGGGGGACGUAAAAAGUCAAAGUCAAAGGCCGAGCCAGCUCCUGCUCCUGCUCCCUCUGACGGCGACGACACCCUGUUCGCCAGUGCUCCUCCGCCGGCCGUGUCCUCGGCGUCCACCCCCCGUGUUGCAGAUUCCCCCAUGGAUAAUUUCGGCGUCACGCCAACCUCGAGCAGGGACCUGAUCCCCGCAGACGUAGACCGCGAGUUCGAGGUCUCGAAUACCCCCCAGGGCCCCCUCGCGCGGUACCUGCAGGACGGAGGCUACCACACCACGCCGGGUCUGCGGUUCGGCUCAGAGUACAGUGUCUACCCCGGUGAUCCGUUACGGUUCCACGCCCACUUCAUGGCCAACCAGUAUGACUGGGACGAGGAGAUUCCCAUCCUGGAUAUCAUCGAGGGGGGCAGGCUCGCCACGGCCGUCAAGAAGGCCUUUGUCAUCGCCGGGAGCGAUCCUUCCAAGGGCGAGGCGCCGGAGAACGUGAUAGCAUAUAGUAUCGAAUGGGCGGGCAUGUAG